AGUGCUUGCUUACACGUCAAAUGAUUGGAAGUUGGAAGAAUUUCUGAAAUAAAUAUUGCUAAAAAGCUUUAAAACAGUAGAGGUGUCGUAAAUUAAGUGUUAAUUAGAUAUUAAUAGUAAUUUAUUGAAAUUUUGGAUGUAUAUGGAAAGAGAUUCCAACAUUCCCUAGUUUUAGAAACUAAUGUUUUUCUAGGCUAAACACACGCAAUAAUGGGUGGUCUGUUCAGUUAUUUCCGGGGUUUGUUAGGGGCACGGGAAAUGAGGAUUUUGAUCCUGGGUUUGGACGGCGCCGGAAAAACAACAAUACUUUAUAAACUGCAGGUCGGCGAAGUGGUGACCACGAUACCGACAAUAGGCUUCAAUGUUGAACAGGUCACAUACAAAAAUUUAAAGUUCCAAGUGUGGGACUUGGGCGGACAGACUAGCAUCAGACCUUAUUGGCGAUGUUACUAUGGCAACACAGAUGCAAUUAUAUAUGUUGUAGACUCUGCAGACAGGGAUCGAAUAGGAAUAUCUAAAGAUGAACUAGUACAUAUGUUAAGAGAAGACGAGCUAGCAAACGCAAUACUAGUAGUGCUCGCCAACAAGCAGGACAUGGCGGGCUGCCUCAGCGUGGCGGAGGUGCACCAAGCGCUGGGGCUGGACGCGCUGCGCGACAGAACCUUCCAGAUCUUCAAGACUUCCGCCGUGCGCGGCGAGGGGCUCGACCAGGCGAUGGACUGGCUCUCCAACGCGCUGCAAGCUAGGAAAUAACAUUGAGAUACGCAGUGGUUCAAAAUGGAAGCUACAACAGCAGUUGCGACGUGUGUGUGGAUAUAGUCAAGUUAACGCGAUAGGUGCGCGCGCGGCGCUACACUGCAUUCAUCCUCAACCAUCUACCUUCUACAUUAUAAUAUAAACAUAGAAUAAAUAUCCAUCCAUACAAAUUUAGACUCUUGUAUAAUCCUAAACACUUGUCAUACUAAUGUUAGACAUUUGUUAUACAAAUCUAAUACACUUUUCAUACAAAUCUUUAAAACACUUGUCAUACAAAAGCAAGACACUUGUCAUACAAAAGCAAGACACUUGUCAUACAAAAGCAAGACACUUGUCAAUAGGUCCUGUAUUUAAUUUUUCUUUUUUUUUUUUUAAAUAUGACCAAUAUUCACAUUCCCUCUAACUAGUCGGGAAAUACUGUACUAGGAGUGGGUACGACAAUAGACCAACGGGGUGGGGUUCGAACCACUACCCCUCGGUGAUGAGUCCGAAUGUUCUUGCCGUUGAGCUAUUGAGGAUAUAAUUAUUGUAUUGCUGCAUAGAAACCAUUGCUCUGCAUGGUCACUUAACCUGUAUUCGCUAUCUCUAAAACUUUCAGCCAAUAUAAAACCUUCCUAUAGCAGGGUAGCUAUUUGCUUCAAGAAUUUUUAAGAAAACCGUGUGGGAUGUAAAAUGUCCCUAUUUUUCCUUAUGCUAUUUUCUAUUUAUAUCACUGGUGCAGGACAUAAAACUAUGUAAAGCCUCGGGCCGACCCAAUAAUUAUAUGAUUUAAUCUAUAUAUCCUCCUAUUGAAGCUAAUUAUAACCAGAAAUCAGAUUUAAUUUUAUGUUGCCCGUUUUUUACACCGACCUUCAUAUACUUUGACAGAAAAGUAACGUCUAGAGUCCUUAUCUCAUUAGUAUGAAGGUGUCUCAUGGACAAAUUCCUGUCUAUGGUCACCCCGAGGUAUUUGACCGUCGGGGACCAUUCGACAGUCUCAUCCAUUAGUGCCACCGGGGGCGGUCGAUGGGAUCGCCCUAUGUAUCUCCCGAGUUUUCCCCACAUUAACCUUCAGUCCACGUUAAACUUGCCAGUGGGUUAGUGUGUCCAGUCCGUGUAUCUACUGUAGCGGACGGGCAAAAACAUUAAAAGUAAAAAAAACAUUGAUCUCCUAUUAAAAAGUAGAUGCACAAUCAGCGAUCAAAAAACGUCCCCACGUAAUGAGUGCCAAACAAAACUUCGUGGCACUCAAUUCAAGUAGUCGCAUUUGCAAAUUCAACCUUAAACUCAAUCCUUAAGGUUGAAUUUGCUCUGAAUUUGGGAUUUUAUUGAAUAUUGGACUAUAUUUAAAGGCCUUUAGGUAUAAUAAUUUUCUUUACCAAUAAUUCUAAAACUGCCAAAGCAACCAGUUUUUAAGUGACGUUUUUGCUCGUCCUUUUAAUAGAAGAGGUCCAUGAAAAAAAGGACUGUCGCACAAGGAAUUUAUUUCAAUUAUUCCAAUAUUUUAGUAUUACUAAUUGAUUAGAAUUAAAUAACUUAUUUUUUCUUAGUUGUGUGGAAGACUAAUAAUUUCAAUCAACAUUUUGAAAAUUGUGUUAGAAAUACAGUUUUUAAUCCUUGUAAUUUAUAUUUAUAUUAUUUUUAUUAUAUCCUUUACUUCUAAAAGCUAUGAAAGGAUUACAAUAACUCGCAUGGUUGGUACAUUGUAGUAUUACUGGCUUUGAAAACAAUUGUGGCAGUUGAACAUUCAUUCCAAAUAUACAAGAAAAUAGACAAAAAAGUAAGUACAUAUAUAUCUACGACUUAAAACUUUGUGAGAGAUUGUGAUAAAGUUAUGUUCCAUUAGCUUGGCGCUAUUUAUUGUAAUGUAAUUUGUGGAAAUGUAAAUCAAUAAAAUUAUUUUAACGGAUGCUUUGAGUUUUUAUUUUUAUCUUCAAAAUGACGAUUUUAUAAACUAAAUCCGUUAGAAUAGUUUUGUCACUUGAUGUCAAAGUACAUUGCAACUUGUCACAAUAGGGUGAUUUUUUUAACAGAAUAUAGUUAAAGGGGAGUUUUUAAACUAUGCAUCAUAUUAUGACAAAGUCUAAACAUUAUACUAUGUUAUUAUGUAAUACAGACAAGGUAGUCUUUGUAGACAUAUAAUGCUAGCCACUCACCAUCCAAUAAGGUGUGAGUAAGAUGAGCAUGAUAUCAUGCAGAUCGCGACCAGCAUACGCUCAGUUUUAUCGGAUGUUCUGUCGUUAGCGCUGCAGGCACGUGAACUUAUUGGAUGGUGAAUGGCUAGCAUAAGUUUGAAUUGGCUUGUUUUAAAAUCCGUGUAGGUAGUGUGUAAUUAAAGCAGUUGAUAAACGUCGCGGCGCCGCAUUUAUGAUUAGGUAAUUGAAAACAAAUUGUCUUGUAGGCGACAGUUCGCGGGUGAAAUGGUCUAAGAUCAGAAUCAGGAACGACCUUCACCCAUCUGUUAUGGAAUGAAUAGUGUUCUAUAUCAUAAUAUGUAAACAAUGUAUUGCCUAAAAAUCUCCUAGCUAAACUAUCAUUAAAAAUAAUUAGUUAACAAUGGUUAAUAAUAGUUUGGCCACGAUAUACUUUAUAGGCAACUUAAUUGGAAUGUAUUUUUUUUUACAUAAAUAGAUAGGUGAAGGUCGUUUCUAAUUCGGAUCUUUUACUAAAUGUACACAUAUAGCGCUGUUAAAUGAUCGUUGUACACAAGUCUCUGUACUUACACUAUAUUAUUUUUUUAAAUAAUAGUGUUUCGACAAUGUUCCAGGCUUUAACAGGGUCCCAUAGACCCAUAGCUCUAUAGCUGUCUAGGUAUAAUAAUAAAAUUUAAAUAUCUGUUGAUUCAAAUAAUAAUAAAUUUAUCAAAUUUUCCCGAAUGAGAAUAAUAUAAUUUUUAAAUUGAAACUGCAGAUUUUGUGGAGCAUUAAUUGUAACUUUACUCGCCGAUAAUGUAACUUUCCAUUGGUGACGGAAUUUUCAAAAUCGGUUUAGUGGUUUAGGAGUGAAAGCGUAACAAACAAAUCGAUAAAUGGGCGAAUUUUGUUUACGAGGCACUAUACGGCACGUAGAUUGCAGUAUUAGUGGUACUCUUACUAAUUAAAAUUAUUAAUUAAUUCAAAUGUUUAAUUUACUUUAGCUGCAGAGAUUUGUGUACAACCGAUGCUAGCGCCGUCGUAGUUAUAACGAUUACAAUUAAUUAAUGAAUAUAAUAUAUUUUGUAUCUGUGACGUUCAGCAGGCUAUCGGUAAUUUAUAUUACAUCGCAGUAAGGAAAUAUUAUUGUUCUAUAAUAUUAUAUUAUGAUUAUGAUUAUGAUUCCAGUAACA